CAAUCUUAAUUCAGUAAGUCUGGUCCGUUCAGUUUCUUAAUGAUUGUGCUACGAGAAAAAACAAAUUUAAUUUUUUGGAUACGUCGAUGAAAAUUGGAUUUUUAAGAGUCAUUUUUAUUUUAUGUAAUAUUCUUCCCGGUUUGUUGGAAAAGGUUAACUGCACUUACAAGAACUUCUGAAAAUGGGUAAACACUAUUACUAUAUGGUGCUUAAAAUAUAAUUUGCUCCAUGCUAAGAAGUCCAUAGACAAAAAGAACCCUCUGCGUUUAUUUGGAAGUAUGGACGAUGUUAUCAGACCUAAAGAUAUUGAUUCAAUGUUGCGAUGGUCCAAAGAUAUCGAAAUGCAAGCUGAUUCAUUAAGUAUUUCUAGUGAGCGAGUUAGUGGAUCUGAAUACGAAACAGAACAACUUACAAGAAAUCGACCCUACUUGGAAAUAUGGAAUUCUGAAUCGAUAUGGGAAGGGCUUAUGGCUUUACCUGAUGCAGAUGAACUCAAUGAGCUUAUAUUAAAAGAUGAUGAAAAGGCUGUGGUGUCCUUGAAUAAAAAUACGGGUUUAUUAAUGUCAACCUGGAUGGGCAGACCAAAUAUAUUAAAAGCAUGCAUACAAGCAAACCCAUAUUUGGAUAAAACUGACGAGAGUGGAAGAACUGCUUUACACUUAGCAGCAUAUGGUGGAAAAAGUGAAUGCCUGCAAAUUCUUAUAGAUGCGGGUUGUAAUAUAAAUGUUUGGGACCAUUCAAAACAAAUAACGCCGCUGCACUGUGCAGCCGGUGGUGGAGACAUAACUUGUGUUAGAAUAUUGAUAAGACAUGGUGCAGAUGUUAAUGCUGGUUUGAAUACUUCCAGCAAUAGAAGCCCACUAUUUUUUGCUGUCCAAAGUUCAGCAGCCGAAUGUGUUAAAGAACUUUUAGAGAACAAUGCCAAUCCCAAUACAUAUCAGAUUUUUACUGAAACCCCACUCCAUGUAGCAGCGGCCUUAGGAAAUCCUGAAAUAAUUAAACUACUGCUUCAGUACGGCGCUGCUGUAAAUGUUCAAUGCGGGACUUCAAAACAGACUCCAUUACAUUUGGCUGCCGAAGAUGGGGAUUUAGACUGCGUGAAUAUGCUUCUGAAUGCAGGUGCUCAAAUAGGAUCGAAAAACAAUAAAAAGCAAACUGCCUUGCAUUUAGCAGCGUUAUCGCAAAGUUCAGAAACUGUUGGAUUACUUUUAAGAAAAGGUGCAGAUCCUAAUGCUGAAGAUUUAGACGGAAGAACGCCAUUACAUAGUUCCAUUGUAAAAGCAUCCAGGUCUUGUGAUUGUGUAAGGACUUUACUUGCAGCUAGGCCGAAUGUUAAUAAACCUGAUAUUUUUGGAUACACUCCUUUACAUUUAGCUGCGUUAAAUGAGUACUCCCACUGCGUUAUGCUCUUGAUAAAUAAUGGCGGCGAUGUAACGGCGAGAACAAACGGAGGUAUAUCCGUUCUAACCUUUAUAACAAGGAAAACGCCUGAUGUUAUAAGAAAAUAUAAAAUGAAAUUUGAUAAUGCAAUAAGAUUGACGGAUCAUGAGCUCGGAGAUAUUGACUGUGAGCUAAAAUUAGAUUUUAGAGUUCUUGUACCCACUAUGGGUAACAAAGAAACAGAACUAUUAUUAAAUUUCAUCGAAGUAGGUCAUAAGGAAGUAUUAAAGCAUCCAUUAUGUGAAACAUUUUUAUUUUUAAAAUGGAAAACAAUAAGAAAAUUUUUUCUCUUCAGUCUUUUUUAUCAUUCUCUUUUUGUAUGCUUAUUUACUCUUUACACAGUAGGGGUAUUUUUAAAAGAUUGUCCUUCAGCUAAAAGCGUAGUUCGCCCUUGUUGGGUUCCCAAUGGCGUUAAGGUUGUAGGAUACAUUUUAUUGAUUCUUAAUUUAUUUUUGCUAGUCAAAGAAUUAUUUCAAAUUGCACAUUCAUGGUCAACUUAUGUAAGACAAUGGGAAAAUGGUCUGCAGUGGUUAAUUAUUUUUGGUGUCUUUUGUUGUGUCCAACCAACAACAAAUAUGGAUGUCAAACAGGAUGUUUAUUCAUGGCAACAUCAUGUUGCCGCUGUAUCCAUCUUUAUUACUUGGGUGGAAUUAAUGAUUAUAGUAGGACGAUUUCCCAUGUUUGGUUUAUAUAUUCAAAUGUUUACAACUGUUGCUAUGAACUUUGCUAAAAUCAUGGUAGCAUUCUUUUGCUUAUUUAUAGCAUAUGCUCUAAGUUUUGGAGUUAUCUUUGCAAAUUACCCAGCUUUUAAAGAUUUGAAAUGGGUUCUUUUAAAGGUAAUAAUUAUGAUGUCAGGAGAAUUAGAGUAUGAAGAUGUAUUUUUCCCCGAAGAAGAACUACACAAGAUUAGGUAUCCUUACACUGCACAUUUAAUGUAUCUUUGUUUUGUAAUAUUUGUCACUGUAAUUUUGACAAAUCUUAUUGUUGGUCUUGCUGUUAGUGAUAUACAAGAACUGCAACAAAGUGCUGGACUUGAUAGAUUGGUUCGCCAGGCAGAAUUGGUAGCCCAUUUAGAAAGCAUGUUGUUUUCCAAACUACUGACUUGUAUUCCGCCCAAAGUAAUGAGAUUCUUACAUAAUAAAGCAUUAUUGUUAAAAUCGCAAUAUUACUGGGCAUUGUAUAUACGGCCAAAUGAUCCAAGAGAAGAAAAAAUACCACGUGAUUUAGUACAGAGUUGUUAUCAACUUGUUGUAACUAAAAAAGAAAAACCAAAAAGAAAUCUGACUAAAAGAGAUUACUAUUAUGACAUGAUUUCACCUUCUAUUUCAAGAUUAAGUUCUUAUAACAGUGACGGAUUUAAAUAUGGAAGUAAAAAUCAACUGGCAACAAUUAAAAAUCAAGUUGAUGAUAUUUCAAAAGACUUUAAUGAACACAAAAAACUGCUAAAGUUAAAGAUUGAUAAAAUAUAUCAAACUUUAAAUGGUUCAAAAUAGAUUAAAUAUGUGUAUGUAUCUUUAUUAAACAUCUUAUAUUUAUGAAAUGAAUAACAACGUUAGUCAUUUAAACCAAUAUCCUCUUGUACAUAAUAAUUUUUUUUAAUGUGUUUUUGAUGUGAUUGAUAGAAC